CACUCCUAGAAGUGUUGCCGCCUCGCGGUUCCUCGCUCGCUGCGCUCUUCGAAGGGGCGGCCGCCUCCAGGACUGACCAGGGCCAGGUGGCGUUCGGAGGGCACUUCAUGGCGGAAGGCGAAGGGUACUUUGCCAUGGCCGAGGACGAGCUAGCCGGCGGCGCUUACAUCCCCUUGGGCGGCGACUUCGGCGGCGGCGGCGGCGGCGACUUCGGCGGGCACUGCUUGGACUAUUGCGAAAGCCCCACGGCGCACUGCAAUGUGCUGAACUGGGAGCAAGUGCAGCGGCUGGACGGCAUCCUGAGCGAGACCAUCCCGAUCCACGGGCGCGGCAACUUCCCCACGCUCGAGCUGCAGCCGAGCCUGAUCGUGAAGGUGGUGCGGCGGCGCCUGGCCGAGAAGCGUAUCGGCGUCCGCGACGUGCGCCUCAACGGUUCCGCGGCCAGCCACGUUCUGCACCAGGACAGCGGCCUGGGUUACAAGGACCUGGACCUCAUCUUCUGCGCCGACCUGCGCGGAGAAGAGGAGUUUCAGACUGUGAAGGACGUCGUGCUGGACUGCCUGUUGGACUUCUUACCCGAAGGGGUGAACAAAGAGAAGAUUACGCCACUCACGCUCAAGGAAGCUUAUGUGCAGAAAAUGGUUAAAGUGUGCAAUGACUCUGACCGAUGGAGUCUUAUAUCCUUGUCAAACAACAGUGGCAAAAAUGUGGAACUGAAAUUUGUGGAUUCCCUCCGGAGGCAGUUUGAAUUUAGUGUAGAUUCUUUUCAAAUCAAAUUAGACUCUCUUCUCCUCUUUUAUGAAUGUUCAGAGAACCCAAUGACUGAAACAUUUCACCCCACAAUAAUUGGUGAGAGCGUCUAUGGUGAUUUCCACGAAGCCUUUGAUCACCUUUGUAACAAGAUUAUUGCCACCAGGAACCCGGAGGAAAUCAGAGGGGGCGGCCUACUUAAGUACUGCAACCUAUUAGUGAGGGGCUUUAGGCCCGCCUCUGAUGAGAUCAAGACCCUUCAGAGGUAUAUGUGUUCCAGGUUUUUUAUCGACUUCUCAGACAUUGGAGAGCAGCAGAGAAAACUGGAAUCCUAUUUGCAGAACCACUUCGUGGGAUUGGAAGACCGCAAGUAUGACUAUCUCAUGACCCUUCAUGGAGUGGUGAAUGAGAGUACAGUGUGCCUGAUGGGACAUGAAAGAAGACAGACUUUAAACCUUAUCACAAUGUUGGCUAUCCGGGUGCUAGCUGACCAAAAUGUCAUCCCUAACGUGGCUAAUGUCACUUGCUAUUACCAGCCGGCCCCCUAUGUAGCAGAUGCCAACUUCAGCAAUUACUACAUUGCACAGGUCCAGCCAAUAUUCACAUGCCAGCAACAGACAUACUCCACUUGGCUACCCUGCAAUUAAGAAUCAUUUAAAAAUGUCCUGAGGGGAAGCCAUUUCAAACAGGAUAGGGUAAAUAAGUAAAUAACAAAGGCUGAGUGACCCAGGCCCAAUUAAAGAUAUGCUUUGUGCAAUGAAGAUCUGCUCCUGGUUUUAAGCUUGGCAAAGCUUGUGGAUCUUUUCAUAGGUAUGGGAUCAUGAUCUCAAAACAUCCCUCCUUACCCACCAACCCUCUCAUCUGUUCCUCCAACCUAGUUGGAUUCUAUCCUGAAACAAAAGAGACCUGUCGUUCAAAACAACCAGGUUCUCCUAAAAUAACAAGGGAAAAAAAAUGCUUGAUGACAAUAUGGGUUUGCAGUACCUGCUCCCAUAGCUUUGCCAUAGGAAAAAAAAAAAGUUUCUUAUAAGGUGGAAUUUACAAAAGGGAAAAUACAGAAAAAAAGAUAUUACCCCAACCUAAUUAUCAAUUCAGAAGUUCAGAUAGUAACAAUAAUGGAAAGAAAGGGACUCCAAAGUUGGGAUUACUAUCUGAGACUUGCAGCAAGUGCUGUCUGUCAAACUAUCCUAUUACGCUAACAGAAACAGCUUGCUCCAAAUGAACAGUAGUAGGUUGGUGCAGUUCUCACAGCAAACAGCAGAACUUAAUGACACAAUCCAUUAUUUCCAGCUGUGUACAUAGCUUGCAUUUUUAAAAUAUGAAAAUGCAAGCAAAAACAGCUAUAGCAAAGAAAGUAUGCUCAAGGACCAAAGAUUUAACAGAUAAAAAUACCCAAGUAGAAGAGAUAUAGUAGAAUAUAUAAAGAGUUAACUAUAUUUGUUACACACCAAUAAACAUCAAAGUGCCUGUUGCCUUCUGAAAAUUUAAAGUGGAAAAAUUUUAUGGUUUAAUGAUGAUUUUAUUUUAUCAGGGACUCAAGAGGAAAAUAAAACAACAUAUAAGCUUGUGAAUGGUGGAGGAAAUGCCCUAUUUUUUUCUUGGCAAAUACUUGUAUAAAGUUAACAUUGUUGGUGUAAUAUUAUUAUAGGUACAUGUGUAUGUGUGUGUACAUGAUGUGCAUAUAGAUAUACAUAUUUG